CCCUAAACCACAAACAAUCCAAAGCUACACCAAAAAUUCCAAAUUCCAAUUCCAACAACAAACCCUCCCCAGAUCACUUCUCUUUUCCUCCCUACAUUAUUUUCUUUCUAUAUUUACAUUUUUUUUCCAACUACUUUCAUCACUAUAAUGUCGCGCUACUGUAUCACAUAUUUUUUCAUCUUAACAUUUUUUAUUAUUAGUCAAAAUAUAAUGUUUUUUCUUUAAUUAAAGAUAGAUAGAUAUAGAUAUCUUUUAUAAAAAAAAAAUUAAAAAUUAAAAUAAGUGUCUCUCUACACCUGUCUCUCUCUUUUGUGAAAGAAAAAAAAAUGGAAAUAGUUGCAUCAUCAUUUCUUCUAUGGUUUUGCAAAUGUAAACAAUCUUCCUUUCCUUCAAUUUCUACCAUACCUAUUUGAUUUCUUCAUUUUUCUCUCCUUCCGUGAAAGCCCUUCAGGCUUUUACAGAAGGUGGGAAUUUUAGUAGGAAGGGGUUGUGGUUAUUUUGAUUACGGAAAGGUUAAGUUUUUUUUUGUGAUUUUCUGGUAAUUCUUGUUGAUGGGUUUGAAGAAAUCAAUAGAUUGUGAAUUGUGUGACCUUAUUUGCUGCUAGAGUUGGAGGAGUUUUGUUUUAGGAAGGAAAAUAAUUUGGGAAUAAUAAGGUAAAGAUGGAGGAAAAUACUAGUUCGUGGUUACGGAGGGCGAAAUAUUCUCACACCGUGUGUCAUCGUUUCGAUACAUCUAGGAAGGACUCUACUCCGUUCCCCGUUCAAUCGGAACGAAAUUCAACUUCUUCGAAGGGUAAGAGAAAUCUUUUAACCAACAAGCAGAGAUCUUUGUCGCCAUUGCCGAAAACUUUAGUUUCCGACGUCUUUAGAGAAGCCAAACAUGAACUGAAGAGGUUCUCGACACCUGGUCCUCGGAGGGACAAGCGGAUUAUGGGAAAGGUGUCGAGCAAGGAAUCUAGGGAACUACCCAAGGUGCCGAACUGGAAAUCUCCUUUUACUAGUCCGAAUAGGCAAAAGAUGUCAAAGGGCCUUAGCAAGGAGUCUUCAUGGAGUAAUUUGUUUGAAAACAGCGGCGGCGGUGGAAAGGUUUCUGCUUUGGAAACAGCUGAGGAAUGGACUAUUGACAUGUCGAAGCUGCUUAUUGGCCAUAAGUUCGCUCAUGGCGCUCAUAGUAGGCUCUAUCAUGGUGAAUAUAAAGAAGAGACUGUAGCUGUUAAGAUCAUUAGGGUACCUGAUGACGACGAUAAUGGAGAUUUGGCUUCUCGAUUAGAGAAUCAGUUUGUUAGAGAAGUCACCCUUUUAUCUCGCCUUCAUCAUCGGAAUGUUAUAAAGUUCAUAGCUGCGAGCAGCAAUCCCCCGGUUUACUGUAUAAUCACAGAAUAUAUAUCCGAAGGCUCGUUGAGGGCUUAUUUGCAUAAGUUGGAGCGCAAAACUAUUUCUCAUGAGAAGCUUAUCACUUUCGCUCUGGAUAUCGCUCAUGGAAUGCAAUAUAUACACUCUCAAGGUGUCAUUCAUAGGGAUCUUAAACCAGAGAAUAUCCUUAUUGAUGAAGAGUCUCGUCUUAAACUUGCUGAUUUCGGCAUUGCUUGUGAGGAGGCCGUAUGCGACCUAUUGGCUGAUGAUCCUGGAACAUAUCGUUGGAUGGCACCUGAAAUGAUCAAACGAAAAUCGUAUGGGAGAAAGGUUGAUGUGUACAGUUUUGGGCUUAUCUUAUGGGAAUUGUUGACCGGAACAAUUCCAUACGAGGAUAUGAAUCCAAUCCAGGCUGCUUUUGCUGUCGUCAAUAAGAAACUAAGGCCGAUUAUUCCUCCAAACUGCCCACCUGCAAUGCGAGCUUUAAUCGAGCAAUGCUGGUCGCUGCAACCAGACAAGAGGCCUGAUUUCUGGCAGAUUGUCAAGGUAUUAGAGCAAUUUCAAUCUUCCCUUGCCCGUGACGGAACCCUGACUCUGCUGCAGAACGCUCGUUGCCAAGAUCAAAAGAAAGGGCUUCGUCAUUGGAUUCAAAAGCUUGGCCCCGUUCAUCAAAAUAGCCACAGCGGCCCUAAGCCUAAGCCGAAAUUCACAUGAAUCUUUGAAAUUCCCCUGGCAUUUCUAGUAAACCAGGUUCUUUGUAAUUACAAAUGGAAAGUUUGGUUUUUCGGUUAUCUGGUUAUGUCAACUUUAUGACAUUCAUGUGAUUGUAAAUUUGUUUUCUAGGCAUGCACAUUGAGGUGAGAGUAUCUAUUGUUUGCUUUUGUUUGCACUCACACAAGUUGAAAUCAACUUGGCACUUUCUCUUGUGUAGUUGUAUUGUAGAUGAUACCAGAUAGUAACUUCUGCUUAAGCAUCUCUCACCUUUUUUUCUUUA